AUGAGUAAUGAGGUUACUGAUAUAUUUGUAUCUAAUGCCAGGAAUUUUUUGGUAGAAGCACAAGUUCUUUGUGAAGAAGCUAGCAUGAGGAUUGUGGGUGCUAAGGGAGAACUUUCAAAAUGGCAACAAGACGUCUCAAAAUUAAGGUUUAUGAUUAGUUGUCUCAAGAGUCAAGGUGAUUUCCUUUAUAAGAACGUUUUAAAGGUUGGAAUUGGUGAAAAUUUGAUUAAAACUGAAUGGUCCCAAGUGAUGUUGGUGGAUCUUAUUAAGACGAUGAAAUACUGGCAGGACCAGAUUUCAGCUAGAGUAGCUCAACUAAACAAUAUCAAUAACGUUUUAGUAAGUGGGAAUGAUACAAAUGAUGAUCAAUUAAACCUGGGAGAUUUUAUACCAAAGGAAAAUACACAUAUCUUGGACGAAAGAUUAAAGGAAAUACCAAUAAUUAAACAGCAGAUUGAAAACAUCACAUCCCAAUACCAUAAUAUGACCAAGAAAGUUGGAGAGCAACUGAUCUUUACGAGAAUCAAAACAGUGGAAGCUACAUUUAAUAAAAAUUUGGGAUCUGAAAGUCUAGAAAAUAAAACAUUAAGCAUUGAACUUCCAGAGGAAAUGGAUAAUUUAGAGCAUGAGCUAGUGGAAUAUAUCAAUUCUUUAACUGAUCAUUUUGAUAAAUGCAAAUUAUUACAAUCUAAAAAGUUAGAGGGACCCAGUUAUCAGGAAUUAUUAAAGGUGGUUACAAAGGACAAUGGAGAAUUGGGAUCCAUCUUGGAAACAUUAAAAGAUACCAUCCGUGACGUGGAUCAAGUUCUUGAAAACUUCAAAAACUUGCUAGAGAGGAAAACUAUCGAUAAGGUUAAUUUACACAGUCAGAUAAACAAAUUGAUUAAUGAGUUUCAUAAGCAUCAGGAAUAUUUGAUGAUUUUCAAGGAUAUAUCAGAGCUGAUCUCUACAUUCAAGGAAUCUUGUUUGCAAGAAGUAAAACUCACCAAAGAGUUAUGUGAAUUUUAUCAAAAUUUUAAAACGAGUUAUUAUAACCUUUUAGAUGAAGUUGAACGUAGACGUUCUGUUGCCCAAGAAAUGACAAUAGUUCUACAAGAAUCUCAACAGAAAUUGCACGCAUUACAUACUCAGGACCAAAAAGCCCGGGAAGGCUUUCUCAGUGAAAAUGCUAACUAUCUGCCCGAGACUAUUUGGCCUGGUAAGAUCGAUGAUUUGACGCCGUUAUAUUCAUUAGAUUACACGAUUAAAGAUAUAUGA